AUGCGUAAACGUUUCUAUGGCGACCUAGACGCGACAGCGCUUUUUAUUUUCAGUAUGCCACCCAAGAAAGGAAAGUCAUCCAAGGGACGUAAGCUGACCAAGGCCCAGAAGGCCAAGCAGCUGCAAGAGGAGGAGGAGAGGAGGCUGCGAGAGGAAGAGGAAGCGAAGCUGCAAGCAGAGAAAGAAGAGCAGGAAAGAUUGGAAAGAGAGAGAAAGGAGAAGGAGCUAGAAAGGCUUGAGUUAAAAGACCAAGAGCGCCGAGAUGAUGAGCUGAACGAACUCCGCCAUCUACUGGAGGAGAAUCAUACUGCAGUGACCAACUGGAAAACAGAUGCAGUGGAGAAAGCCAAGUGGGAAAAGUACAUGCAUUGUGACGGCACCCCGGACGCAGCAGUACAGCAGGAAAUUAACACAUAUAUCAGCUUAUGGAGAGAUGACCCAGAGGUUGACAUCACACUCGUGCUCAAGCAAUGUAACCUUGCUCUACAGCUUAUUGAGGAGCUGGAGGGUCUGCUCAGAGAUGUUACAGAUCCACUAGAGGGCCAGAAGUACCAGGAGGGUCUCAUACAACUGCAGGAGCUAAUCCACUCUAAACACCUCCUCACCACUGAGGAGAUCCUCAAGAAGGCCAGUGCAAACAUUGACACUGAGACAGGCAAUAUGCAGACUGUAGUCAAAGAUGACAACCUUACACUGUGUCUCUGGGCCAACCUCAAGAAGAACCCAAGGUUUAAAGGUUUAAACUUUGAAGAGGCGGCCCUGGGCUUUGAGCUUCCCAAACAGCUGGCUGUGAGUAAUAUCGGCGUGCGGAUCCUCCACACACGUUAUGAUCACCUGUCCUUGCUGGCCAGGAUGGCCCACCUGAGUAUACACACACCCAGUCACAGGUCUCUUGCAGGUGCUGAGGAGGUCCCAGCAGACAUAGAUGUACCUGAGCAGGAGGAGACAGACAGAGAGGGGGAAGUGAAGGAAGACAACGAGGUACAGCAGCAGAGAGCUGACGAGUUGGAGGUGCAGUCCAUCCAAGGGUUUGACGGGAGGAAGAGUGCAGCCAGUGAACAGUCAAGGAUAAACAGUGCGCAGCCUGCAGAAGGCCAAGGGAGCCUGAUACAGACGCAGAUGGAAGCACUUGGCGCGGAGGGGGACUUGGCUUCUCCCUUAGUGCAGCUAACAAUGAUGGACAACGGUGAGUGUGUCCAGGUGGUGGACUUACUGCAGUAUACACCUCUGGGUGGGGUCUUCUAUUAUGACGUGUUCCACCUCCCGCCGCAAGCCCACCAGGUCAAAGGCUGGGAAAUUAGACAGCUCUUGGACAAAGGGCUCCAGGUGUUCCCCUACCCUGUGGAGAAGUCUAACCUAGAUGAUAGUGAAGCUCUUAGCUGCCCUCCUGUUGGGGUGUCUGUGACACUGCCCGACUCUGUCGUCUUCUUGGAAACUCCCCAAGUGGCUCGCUGGGAUGCUGCACUGAAGCAUUGGAGGAUGGACGGUAUCACAGAUGUGUCUUAUGAGGAGGCAGAAGCCAAAAUAUCCUUCAAGAUGGACUCCUUCCAAGCCUUUGUACUGAUGCAGGAAACGUAUGCCAACUUUCCCUUCCAGAGUUGGGAGCUUAGGCCAUUGAGCCAAGACUCUGCUCUUUUCACUGUCAACGGGGCACUCAUCGACCUCAGAAUCACGAUCCAGAGCAAUCAGUGUAUGUUGCAGUCAGACCAAGAGAAAGGUCUCUCUCACCUCAUAGGGAAGUGGAUGAGCGGCCCCGCCCUGCAGAGAGCCAUGCUCAACACAGGGAUCAACAUCUUUGUGAAUGAGUACACGGAGAAAUACAUCAGCACCUGCGGCAAGGACCCACUUACAGAACAUGCUGCCUACGAACAGAUGGCCCUCUUUGCCUCUGCCUGCGCUUUCUCAUGGAGCAAGUGGAAUGCCAAAUGUGGAGCUGAGCAUCUAGUCAUGCAGGUGUGUGAGCACCAUGGCCCUGACCCGGUGCCUAGGGGCUCAUGGAGUCUCUACCUGCUGGGCGCUCAGAGGAGUCAGAAGCUAGGAAUCACAAAGAACAGUGAGGCCUUCUCUCCAGACCAUUAUCCUGAAAGUGAGUUUCACUCCACUUUCAUUCACAUGCUGCAGGACAACAUGAGCACUGACGGCAUAAUCAAGACCAGAGAAUCCAAUUAUCUGUUCGUGGAUACAGUGCAGAGCCUGCUCUGUGCCACCAGACCCCUCAUGUAUUCAUAACUUAUGAACUUCACAUGAGAUUGCUUUUUUUUUUUUUUUUUUUUUUUAAAAUCAACAAAUUAAAGAGAUUAAAUCUGAACUUGAAAUGUACUUUUGGAUUUACAUAAGAACACAUCUUGGAUUGUAGAAUUGGCUACUUUAUUUGUGCAAAGUUCCAUACAUCUUCUUUGGAACAUACAAAAGAGUAUGAAGUUGAAAACGGUGACAACCACAGCAAGUACUUGAAGAGGAAAAUAAAAAACCCUUUGGUGUGAAGACUGUUACAA